AUGGCGGUCACAUGGAAUCCUGACUGCGGGAUCCCUCACGAGGGAAGCAUAGUGAAAGCCUUUGACCACUUCUGGGCACAACUAUGGACCAAACUGGCACAGACCCAAGCUGUCACAGACACCUCUCGACGACCCACUGCCCCGCUUAACUCCAACCUUGCACCAAAUCGCACCACCAAACCUCUGACCGCGAUGAAGCGAGGGGGCAGGGGGAAGAGGACAUCCCAACUCACCAAAAGCAGACCCACCAUCAGCCACCGCCAGUCUGGGCCUUGGCACGUACGGAGAUCUCCAACAUAUAGCCCACAACAUCUGAGACCAAACCAACCCCUUCGUAGGAAAUCCGCUCAGCAAGGCCAGUGGUGUGCACUCGGUAGAGCAGGGAGGCCUGCUCAAGCGGCUGAUCACAGCUGGUACUGUGCAGCUGCAACACAGGAGACUGCCAAAACUUGGAGUGCCUGUGAUUACUCCCUGACCUAUGCCAAAAGCCUGCCAACCUCUUAUAUCAGGUGA